AUGCUCCUAGCAUGGUCCUGGCGCCGGCAGCUGCUAUCCUGUGUGCUGAUUGCCAGCAAAGUGCUUGAUGAUCAGGCUGUAUGGAAUGUCGAUUACUGCCAGUUUCUAACUGACAUCGAUGUUGAGGAUCUCAAUCUACUUGAGAGGCAUACGCUCCGUCUACUCCAGUUUAAUAUCAAUGUGCCUGCUGCUGUUUAUGCACGUUACUUUUUCGACUUAAUGGCUGUUGGCCAAAGAGCUGGCGUUGCCAAUCGACUGAUUGAUCGAAAGCGCCUAACUCCCAGUUUGGCUAUUCGUCUCCGACUUACUUCAGUUCUCCCGCGUCCCAUCCCAUCCUGUCUACCAGCUCCACUUUCAUCAUUGACAUCGGCGGCUUCAAUCGCACCUACUUCUUGCUCCAGUCCGUUCCCACCAUCUUUAAUCAGAUCUUGCACAGAGUCCUCUCAACUUGGAGAUUGGCUUUCCGGCCUUCUCUUUGACUUACCCAACUACUACUAUACGCCAGACGUCACUAAACCUGAGCUAAGGCAAUCACUAAUCACCCGUCCAGCGAAAGUAUACGCAUUGAACGUAGUCUCUCAUACAAAUGACACUCUUCCGCCCACGGUCCUAGCACCAACUCGUCGCGAUUGGCCUGUAUCAGUCUCUACAUCCAAGGGUUUAGAACUACCCGGCGGCGUUCUCUAUUUGAAUAACCUCGAAAAGCCACCAAGUUCUGUAAUUACUCGCACUCUUCCCUUUUCGGCUGUUUGUGGUAAGGACCAUUGUAGACAUGCUGAAGCCGAACAGCAUUCCUACCAGCAUCAUCAACGCCCGUCAAAUUCGUCAAAUCAUAAUCCUUUAGAUCGUGCUAAAGUGGUACCCGAAUCCGCUUUAACCUCAAGUGAUUUGGCUCAUCUUCUGGAACGCGGCAAACGCUCCUCGGCGUGUUUAGCACUUCGUAAUCGUGAAAAUCGCUCUGGCUGGAUAUGGAGAACACGGGCAUCGCCGGAUGAAACCUAUGAUGAAGGUACAGGCGAGGAUGAAGACGAAGACGAUGUGGGAGAUGCGGAAAAGGCUGAGGAAGAUUAUGAUUCAGGUGAAGAUGAAACUGAUGAAGCAGACGAGGGUACUGCUGACUUUAGGGACCGUGACUGGCUCUCACCCCCUUCACCCUGGACAGUGUCUCAAUCGCACACUCGGGUCACUCAGCCGCUACACCACAUGUACCGGCUGGCUGAGCAGGUGGCUCUAACUGCUGGAAGUGGGGUUGAAGGCACCGACCUUGGAAUCGUUUUUGGUGGUGGCAGUGGUGGUAGCAGUGGAGGUUGUGGUAGUGGCAUAGGUAGACCUAGAAGUAUAGGCUGUGGAACGGGCACAACCACAGACACGGACAGUGGAUUUGUACUCUAA